AUGAUAUCGGUGCUGGAUUAUGUGCCAAGUUACCCUGAGUUCUGUGAAAAUUAUCUUCAAAGAAAUGUGCCCGCCAUCUUUCCCGCGAGCAUGACAUCCUCGUGGCCGGCGUAUCGACGAUACGUGCACAAAGACGGUGGCGUGCUUUGGGACGCUUUGCGUGCCGACUUUGGCGAUCAUGAUGUACCUGUUGUGAUCGAUAACCAAGAACGCAAAACAAUGCGGCUUGAAGAGGCCAUCGACCUCAUCACUGAAACGAAACACGCAGUGUAUAUUAAAGAUUGGCAUCUUGUUCGAUCUGCACGGACCCACUCGAGGGAUUCCCACUUUUUCUUGCCGUACAGCACACCUGCCCUCUUUGCAGAUGAUUGGAUGAACAAUGUAACUACCCUGGGAAAUCCCAGCGCUACAUACCCCAAUGCGUCAGACGCGUGGCUUGCGUCAUGUCAUGAUGCUUAUGAUCAGGACGAUUUCCGUUUUUGUUACGCGGGUACAACAGGUACCAUAACGCCCCUACAUCGUGAUGUUUGUAUGUACUGCGACACUAAUGCAGAUACCUCCUACUCGUGGUCAACCAACAUUGCAGGCCGCAAGAGAUGGCGAUUUGUCGCGCCGCAAGAUGCUUCACUUUUGCGUCGCUUUCCCGAUCAGCGCACAUCAGAACUUGCGUCAACGUAUGACGACAUGGAACGGCGUUACGCGAACCAUGAGCUUGGUGCAUACAAGGAUGGGUUUAGCGGCUGGCCUGGCUGGGCAGAGGUGCGUUCUCGUGUCCAUGUAGUAUACCAAGAACCUGGACAGACGAUAUUUGUGCCGUCGAAUUGGUAUCAUGAAGUCGAAAACCUCACCGACUGCCUAAGUCUGAACCACAACUGGUGCAACGCAUACAAUCUGCGGAGUAUGUACGAGUCUAUGGAGCAUGAGGUGGACGAUGUAACGGCCGCGCUCGAAGACGUACGAGAUAUGCUCCAGAGCCAGCCAGCCAAUCAGUGUCCAUGGCAGGCCGAAUUUGUAGCCAUUGUCCAGGACGUGGUGCGCGAGGAUGCUGGGUGGGCGUGGGAUGGUUUCUGGCGUAUGGUGUAUCAUAAUGUUGUACACCCCCCAUGCGAUGCCAUGUUCCGACCACCAGACGUCCGCCCCCUCAUUCGUGAGCUGCUGAGCCGAUUCCUGCUGCGCGCUGAAACGCCGUGGCUUGCCUCGUCCUCCACAACCUCUUGGCAACGUGUAGCGGACUGGCUGCAUGUGUCUCCUGUAGGCUGA